AAAACAACGGGCUGUGGGAGGACAGACAAGGGAGGCUGUGGGCUAACGGGUGAGGGAAGGGAUACAGACCGAAGCAGCGACCAUCUUUACCUCCCUGAUUUUCUCUCUUUCCCCUGGAAUGAGUGUAGCUGCUGCUGCUCGGGAGGUUUAGGCUCUGAUUCUCCUGCUCUGAAGAUCCAGGCUGCAGCAUCCAGACCGACAGCAGCCUCUCCUGCAGGAAGCAUGGAGGCCCCUCUCGUGUGUUUGGACGAGGAGUUCGAGGACCUCCGGCCCUGUCACAUGGAUGAGCUGGACCACCCGGCGCUCCAACAGUCCUCCUACUCCUCCACCACCACCAUACCGCUGAGCUCCAUCACCAGAGAGGACUUUUCUGAGCUGGAGAACUUCUCCGAGAUGAUGAGCUUCAAGUCCAUGGAGGACCUGGUCAACGAGUUUGAUGAGAAGCUCAACGUGUGCUUUCACAACUACAACACCAAGACCGAGUGCCUGGCGCCCAUACGAAACCAGACACACAGCCAGGAGGAUGAGGAGCAGCUGCAGGACGAAGAUGUGUGGGAUGCUCUAACCGACAACUACAUCUCCACCUGGGACGGCAACGACUCUGAGGGACUCAACGGCAAUCUGUCGGACCAGGAGAUCCACGAAAAAGAGGAGGAGGAGAUGAAUGAGAAGAAUGACAACGCCAACUGUCUGAAUGAAGAGCCUCUUAUCACAGCUGAUCAGGUCAUUGAGGAGAUAGAUGAGAUGAUGGAGAACUCUCCAGAUCCUGUUGAAACUGAGGAGGAGGAGGAUGAGGAGGAGAGCAGCCGCUGCUCCUCCAGUACCAGCCCCUCCCUGCUGGAGGAGAUCCGGCAGCUGUCCCUGGCCUCCAACAACAACUGCUCCUACGAAGGCCUGACUCUGAUGCCCAGCUCGGGGCUGGUGGAGCUGCUGCAGCGGGUGGAGGCCACCAUCAGAGAGUUCUCCGAGGAGCUGGUCGGCCAGCUGGCCCGGCGCGAGGAGCUGGACUUUGAGAAGGAGGUGAAGAACACGUUCAUCACGGCCCUGAUGGAGGUGCAGAACAGGCAGAGGGAGCAGCGGGACAGCAGCAAGCGCAGACGCCGGGACAAGACCCUGAGCCUGCAGGGGGGGGGGACGCCCCCUGUGACCGGAGGGAACACAGCCCCCACAGCCAACACAGAGAAGACCGGGAGCAUGCCUGUCAAGCGUUUCAGCAUGGAGGGACUGUCUAACAUCCUGCAGACCGGCAUCAGACAGACAUUUGGAAGCACAGGAAAUGAGAAACAGUAUCUAAACACAGUUAUUCCAUAUGAGAAGAAAGGCACCCCUCCAACUGUUGAAGACCUGCAGAUGCUCACAAAAAUUCUCUAUGCCAUGAAGGACGACAGUGAGAAGGUGCCUACAUUGCUAACUGACUACAUACUGAAAGUCUUGUGUCCCACCUAAAACUCUGGAGGCCAGGGGCCACAUUGUGACGGAGACUUCUUCCUGAGGGCUUUCCACCCCUCCCUGCCUCUGGCCCCCGCUGCAUGACCUCCCAUCUUUACCAUUAUCAAUCAUGGAUCCUCAUCAUCGACAUCAUUGUGUUCACCUCGACUCUGAUUACUGCCUUUCGCUGAGCUCACCUUCCCCCCCCCCCAACAAGUAGUUUACAACUGUAAAGGACUUCACCAAAAGAGCAUGACAUGCUAUUAAUAUCACAACACCACUUCGCUACAGGGAUACAACGUUAUUUUGACUUUCUUUUUUUAUUUCUAUUCUCUACAGUCUCUUUGUUUCCUCUAACAUAAUCUCAAUGUUGCCAAAUGUUUAAACAUGUGUUCAAACUGAGCUCUUUCCCACUGAGUUCUGUUGCCUGUUCUCAUUGACUCAUCAGGACCAUACUGUCAAAUAAAUGAAAUGCCAUACAUGAUACACCCUAUUUGAACAUUCAUUUGAAUAUAAAAGCCAUGCACCUUUUCUGCCAACUUAGUACUGUAGCUCCAUGUGGAUGAGAGGAGACACGCGACUAUUACGGGUGCAGUGCAUAUUAAAGCUUUUUUCUUUUUAGUUCACCUAAUAUGCUCUUAUGACUCUUUUUCAAUUACUUUACAUUUUUUCAAUUUUUUUAUAUAAACUCUGUUGUUGACUUUUGACUUUUAUUUACCGUGUCAUUUCACCCUGUUCAGGAUAAGUGGAGGCGUAUUUUUUUGUUGAUAUAUCAUCCCCUGAUGUGAUGAGCUCAUUUCAAUAAAGGUGUGCAUAUUUGCAUAUUAGCACAUGUAUGACUUCCUUUGUGCCAUGUAGGUGAAUGUUACAUCGCUAAUCGCUAAUUCUAAUAAACAUUCUACCCUA